AUGUCACUGCAAAGAUUUAGAUUUUUGAUUCGCUGCAUUAGGUUUGAUGAUCUUGAUACUAGAAUAGAGAGAAAAGUGACUGAUAAAUUUUCAUCUUUUAGAGAAAUAUUUGAUUUAUUUAUAAACAAUUGUAAAAAUAACUACAGCAUUGGAGAGUUUGGCACUAUCGAUGAGACACUAGUAGCAUUUCGUGGUCGUUGCCCAUUUAAAAUGUAUAUACCUAGUAAGCCGGCCAAGUAUGGUAUUAAAGUAUUUAGUCUUGUAGAUGCUAAAAUGAGUUAUACAUACAUAAUAUGUUAUAUUGUAUAUGCUGGAAAACAGCCACCAGGGUAUUUUGACAUAAGUAAUAAACCAGAGGACGUGGUAAAAAGAUUAUGUGAACCAGUGUUUGGGACAAACAGAAAUAUAACUUUUGAUAACUGGUUCACUAGUAAUAACUUGGUACAAACAAUGCUAUUAUCACAUAAAUUGACAAUCGUUGGUACUAUAAGGAAGAAUAAAAGGGAAUUGCCUACAUAA